UGCCGUCAAGCACAGAUACAGUGCGGCAUUAGAAUUACGCUGCAGAGUGGCGGCGAAUUGGAGCCAGUCAACGACGACCUCCUCCGCGGCUGAGGCUGAUCUCGCGUGUCUCGGCAUGGCAGCCAUCGUUGCUGGCGUCCCGCAUGGGGCCGACCAGGCUGGCCCGGCACCGGCGAGAGCGCCGUCAAUCACCACCGGUCGCAGCUCGGACUCGCCGAGUGCCAUGUCCAGCCCCGCUUCAGCUGCAUCCCCAUCGAAUGUCUCCACUCCCGCGUCAUCAGGUUCGACGGCCGCUCCAAUCGCUAUCCGGCCCGGCGCAGCAAACAAAGCCCCUCCAAUCAAGCCUUCACCAGCGAUGGCCACCAUGGCGUCGCCGGCCGCCAGCUCGCCAGCGCCCGUGCCGCAGUCGAGGACCAUGACCAGCAAGGAAUGGGUCAUACCUCCGAGGCCGAAACCAGGCCGCAAGCCUGCUACUGACACCCCGCCAACCAAGCGCAAGGCCCAGAACCGGGCUGCGCAGAGGGCGUUCCGGGAGCGCAGAGCAGCCCGAGUUGGGGAGCUGGAGGAACAGAUAGAGGCGCAAAAGGCAGCCCACGAACGGACCGUUAAGGAGUUGCAGGAGCGCAUCAGCCAUUUGGAGAUUGAGAGGCAGACUCUCCAGUCACGAUGCCACUGGCUGGAGUCAAUGCUGGAUAAGGAGCGACAAGGCCGCGCUAGCAUGACGGGAAGCUGGGACGCUCACCAACAGGCAGCGGGACGGAGCGGCGGCCUGAUACCGGCGUCGUCACAGCCGAUUCCGGUCGGAGGGCCAGAGACUGUGCGGCAACUGCCUCCGGCUCCCCCAGAUGUCGCGGCACACUCUAUGCCCGCUGCCGAAUCCCGGCCCCCGCUGGCCCAACCGUUCGCCAUCUCGCAGAUAGUCUCGCCUGCAGAAGAGGGCACGGGGACGGCGGAUCUAGGUUGCGGCGGCUGCCAGGCGAACGGUUCGUGUGCUUGCGCAGAGGAAGUUCUCCGAAAUACAGACAUGGCUAUGGGGUGCGGGAAGUGCUCGCUGGGCACCAGGUGCGAGUGUCUCGAGGAGGCACUUCAAGCACCCGUGGCUGGCACCGACCUGAAACGGCCACUGCCGCCGAGCUCGCGGUCCUCACCAUCACCGGAGGAGAAGCGUCAACGCCCCAAUGCUGAAACCGCCAUGGAGACAGACUUUACCGCCAUGUUCUCCUCCCGCGGCCCCGCAGAACCGCCGCAGUCUAUCUUUUCCCCACCACGUCAGUCCCAACUACAGCCUCUGCCGUCGAUUGAGCCUAGAGAUCCCUGUGGGUUCUGCAAGGAGGGCACAUAUUGCGUGUGCGCGGAUACAAUGAUAACGACCACCUCUAUGCCGGCACCGGCGAGCCAGCCGACCGCUGAACAGACGCAAAUGCACACGCCUCCCCCGUCGGAUACUGACGUCGUACCGCCGCCCAUGGAGGUCACAGCGACGGGCGCUAUCAAACUUCCUGGUCUCCGGUCACUGCAGCAGGCUGCCAGCACCAGGCCGCCUGCCGGAGCCGGGGAGGGCUGUGGACCAAACGGGCCCGGCACAUGCGCACAAUGUCUUGCUGACCCCAAGUCCGGCCUCUUCUGCCGCUCUCUGGCAGCCAAUCUCGCGAGAAACAACCCCGGGGGCAACAGGGGCGAAUGUUGCGGCAACGGUGGGCCAGGCGGCUGCUGCAAGGCUGGUCAGGACCAGUCCGAGAAGGCUGCUAACGUCCCGCUCCUUACAACAACCACCGGCGCCUCAGGGACAACCAGCAACAGCUCCGCUGCCGCCCCCCGCCUUGGCCUCAGCCUCUCCUGCGCCGACGCCUACAAGACGCUGUCCAGCCACCGGCACUUCGACCGAGCAGCGGACGACAUUGGCUCCUGGCUGCCGAAGCUCAAGGCCUUGCCUGUCCCGCGGCCCCAGCCCGGUCCCGCGGGAGGCCGGGGCCUAGGGCGGGACGGGCGGGCACCAAUCGAGGUGGAGGCGGCCAGCAUCAUGAGCGUGCUUAAGGACUUUGACGUCCGCUUCGGCAGGGGUGAGUGAGUGAUUAAUCGCUUGUCGAAGGAAGCACCCUGGUCUGCGUAGGAGGGGGUUAGGCGGGGAAAGGUGUGAGGUGGGGGAG